AGUUGCUCAUUACCUGGCGUGCGGGAAGCAUCUCGGAUCCUGGGAGUCAGCUUUGUGGACUUACAUCUGUCAGCGGCAGACGGCGAGCCAGUAAGAUGCAGCUACGACUGUGCUGACGGGCAGCGACUCAACAAGUCAGAACACUGGACAGCUGACGGGCUGCAGCCUGGAUGUGAUACUGGGUCAGUCGGUAACCCUGCUUCGGUGUGCGAUGUGUGGACCUGCCCUCCCCCUGUGUGUGCUGCUCUGGAUCGUGGGAACAACCAUCUCUGCGACACAAGGUCAGGUUGUAGCUCCUGCCAGUCUGACUGCAGAGGCAGGUCUUCCGCUCACGCUCAGCUGCAACAUCACCACAGCAGCAGGCGACUCCGUCCGGCAGGUGCGCUGGCUCAAAAAGCAGUCCAAGGUCCUGCUGGCGUACCAGCCGAGCGAGCCGGUCGUCAUCAGCCACCGAGAGCCCAACGUGCAGCUCACCGCCUCCCACAACGACGCCAGCUACAUCACCAUCAACAAGCUGCGCCCUGACGACGGAGGCUGCUACCGCUGCAUCUUUGACGUUUACCCGAGAGGGCCGCAAGAAGCCUCGACAUGCAUCAGUGUCACCGGUACGGUGCACCUGGAGGGCAACAAGACGGCCAUAAGCGGGAAGCCGACCACCCUGUCCUGCUGGUACACCCUCCCCGAGAGGGUUCGCCAGGUGCUGUGGAGGAAGACCGCCGAGCAGGGCGACACCACCACCGUGGCCUCCUACACCAAACAUGGCCCCCAUGACACGAAGGAGCAGUUCAGGGGUCGGGCCAGCCUGAGCCGGACCCUCGGAGACACCCAGCUGACCAUCCAGCCGGUCCGGACCGAGGACGAGGCCUGCUACACCUGUGAGUUCCACGCGUACCCAGAUGGCGUCAGGAGCGCCACCGCCUGCCUCUCUGUAUAUGUUUUACCCAAACCAGAGGUGACCCACGUCACCUCACCUGCGGGGCUCACCGAGGCCAACUGCACCGCCCAGUCCCGGCCCGCGGCGGAGGUCACGUGGAGCGUCGGCGGCGACAACAGAACUCUGGGGCCGCCCAUUUUGUCGUCCUACGAUCAGGGCGACGGCACGACGGUAGUAACGAGCACGCUGCUGUUCCAGUCAGGGAUGCUCAGCGACCUGUCCGUCAAGUGCAUCGUGCACCACCAGGGUCUGGAGAAACCGGUGACGCUGUCCCUCAGCACAAGUGUGAGUCCGGCCAUGGUUAUCCUGCUGUCGGUGGGCGGCGUGGCAGCCGUCCUCCUCCUGUGUCUGUGUGUGUGUCUCUGCAAGUGCUUCAUCUGCACUGAUGACUGAUUUGGAGUCCCGGCGUCGCCUGCUUUGAUGAAGGUCCAGCGGAGCCCUGGACCUGACCUAGCUGCUCAGCACCGUGGCCUCCAGCUCAGAGGAAGGGCAGCAGAGCCGAGCCAACGCUGCCGCUUCUGCUUCCACGAGCUGAGCAAAAAAAAAAACCAACAAAGCAAACAUCACUAAAACCACUUUAUUUAAUGCUAGAUGUUACACUAACUUUAGAAGAGCUGCAGUGAUUGUGGAGGAAAUCCUUCAGAGAAGAAUAGUGGAGUUAGAUUUGUAUGUCUUGUUGCACGGUGGAGGUCCUAUUGUUGGGGUAAAACAAUACUUUCUGCCCUGUCAAGGUUUUACUCGUGUGUGUGUGUAAUCGUGAGCGUGCAAUUCACUGAUCAGAACACUGUGAUAAGUUGUAUAUAUUUUUUUAAAUUCUAGGUUGAUCUAGGCUUCAGUAGAGGUCAUUUAAAGGCCCCGUAUAGUAUCAAGACAUUCCCUUCUGCUCUUCCUCCAAACCUGAAUACCCCUCCAGCUCGAGAGGCCAGUAUGAGUUUUACUAAACUGCUACAAGCCAGCUGAGGCACCAACAGCUCCAAUAACUCCAAUUUUUAAAAUCCUGCCCUCUCACUGCUGCUGCUUCCAGAUGAGUCAUUCAGAAUGUGCCUCACAGCUUCUGCUAAAAUGUUCUGCUGCUGGCUGUAGGAGUGAACACAAGAGUCUUCAUGCACUCCCAGCAUCGAGGGAACGCAGUGGAUUGCUUUUACUGUUGACGGCAAGGUCACUGCAACGAUCGGAAAAUGUUUAGUGUGGCUGACAUGGCCGUUAGUUCUGUCGAAACUGUAAACUGCUGUGCUGCAAAAUUUGGGAUAUUUCAGUGUCAGAUGUUUGCUUAGAGAGACGGUUAGGAGCGAUGGAAAGUUGUGCACUUGUCGGUGUAGUAGUUGUGUUCUGCACUGUCAAUCGCAGAUGUAGGGAAGGUUUCUUCCUGAAGGGGGCGUUAACAGCAGCAGCUCAUCUUUUCAGGACUUGAGCUUAAAAUUCAUUCUGUAAUUUGCAGAAAAGGGGCACAAUAUGGAACCUUUAAAUAAAAAAACGUAAUCAUUCAUCAGCAGGGCAUUGAUUAGCUACCAUUCAAAUACAUGCCUUUUUUAUAUUUUUGCAAAUUUGCUUCCUUCUACAGACUUUCAUGACAAAACUAGCAACAAAUAAAAGCAGAUUGAUUGAUUUAAAGUUAAAAAACCAAACAUCUCGUCCUCAUCAGGUCAUUGUGUGGCUGCAGUUGGAUCAGAUUUAACUUGUAGCAUCAUCUGGUGACAUAAUCUUAAAAGUUGAGAACCACUUUUCUAACUGUGGUUUAACGUGUCUGAUUGAGGAAAUACGCUUUCAGGGCCUUCAGAAGUGGCUCAGAAUGUCGUCCCACGUCAGCUAUUCUUUGCCGCCUGAUUGCUGUGGGACAUGUCCACCACGAGGCUGUCACCUGAAAAACCCUCCACUUGCGGUUGUCCAAUGGAGAAGACGCAUGAUUAAAAGAGCACUCGUUUUAAACUUGCGAGUUACGGGAACCUAAGCAGGGGCACUGAGGCUAACGUCCGUGAACCAGCCCUGUAUGAGUCACCCUGAAGAAAAAAAAAAAAAAGGGUUGCGUGGGAAAGAAUGAAAGGUUUGUUAUUUAUAGCUGCUGCACGCGGGGCGGAGAAGGGUGGUCGAGCGCUAACCUUCACGUGUUCGCGCUGCCCCGACGAGUCCUGCAGCUGUGAAUCACUGUUUGCAUGUAUGCGACAAAGUCAAGAGGUGCUUCUUUCUGUUUGUGUGAUUUUAAAGAAGCGUUGUGUGCUUGCAUUGCUGUACAGUAUUCUUCAGACUCACAGAGCUGAACUGUAGGGAGCCCCAGUGUUACCUUUUUAUUUGGGAAAGCAUUAAUAUAGGCCCAAACGGGCUGUGUACAGUAUUAUUGUUUUUUAAAAAAAUCAUAUAUUCUAAUAACGAUUAACCUCAACAUCUUGUUUUACAGUGAAGUCAGUUAUCUGUAUAUACAAAGAGAAGGUUUAAUUGUUAAUAAAUGCAGUUGCUGAGGUUGAGAAACUA